AUGAAGAAUGGGAUGAACAGAAGCGGCCACAUCAUGCUGUGGCAGUUCCUAUUGGAGCUCCUGACAGACCGGACCUGUCAAUCAUUCAUCAGCUGGACUGGGGAUGGCUGGGAGUUCGAACUGACCGACCCAGAUGAGGUGGCCCGGUUGUGGGGACGCAGGAAGAAAAAGCCCAAGAUGAACUACGAGAAGCUGAGCCGUGGGCUGCGGUAUUAUUACGACAAGAACAUCAUUCACAAGACUGCGGGCGAGCACUACGUCUACCGCUUCGUGUGCGACCUGCAAAGCCUGCUGGGAUACCAGGCUCAGGAGCUGCACGGCAUGAUGGGAAGCUCCCCCUGAGAGCGAGGACUGAACCAGAGACACUGCGCUUGAGGACCUGAUGUUGUUAGAUUCAUUACUGUUAGAAUUGAUGUAUUUAUUUGGCAGAUGCCUUUAUCCACAGGUGUUACAGGGCAGCACAGGGUUGCAAUGCAAGCUUUGUAUUGAAAUACAGUGUAGUUUACAGUCAGUGCAAAUAAUAAUACUGCUAGAAUACAAUAUGAACUAGGAUGCAGCGAGUUAGGAUCACAGCGAGUUAUAUCUACAGUGACAGAUUAGCAGUGCAAUAGUGCAAGGAUAGCGCAUCAGCUGAGGAUCCAGUGAUGUGGCAUUAUUGUGGCA